UUUUAUCAGAGUUUUCCAAGUAAUGCGUGGCAUCGAAACCCACAACUAUUAAUUUUCUGGAAAGUCCAGUUGAAGAUUAGAUCAGUUUCCACGCUUCGGAAUUCUGCAACAAAAACAAACAAAUCUCUUCACGUUACCAUCUUCACCACCAGCCUCAAGCUUUCCCAUACCAUUGUUUCUCUAUAAAUUCACAACAAAUCUCCAAAUCCCAUCUCCCUUUCAACUACACACCUUCUAAGACAGGGAACUUUUGAUCAAACCAAGGAAAAACAAAGACAUGCAGCCUAAUAAUUCUCAAGUCAACAAACGUAUUGCAACAAUCUCAGGCCAUCUCAACCCUCCCAAUAAUUUCCAGAUGGAGGGUAGUUCAGGUUUGGGCCGAGCCAACUGCCGAGCCAAAGGUGGGUCAGCUGGGUUUAAGGUGGCAAUUUUGGGAGCUGCAGGAGGAAUAGGGCAGCCAUUAACAAUGUUGAUGAAGAUGAACCCUUUGGUUUCUGUUCUUCAUCUUUAUGAUGUGGUUAAUACCCCUGGUGUUACGGCUGAUAUCAGCCACAUGGACACUGGAGCUGUGGUACGUGGAUUUCUGGGGCAACAGCAAUUGGAGGAGGCUCUAACAGGAAUGGACCUUGUAAUUAUUCCAGCUGGUGUUCCUAGGAAACCUGGAAUGACAAGGGAUGAUCUUUUCAACAUCAAUGCUGGAAUUGUUAAGACUCUUUGUGAAGGAAUAUCAAAGUGCUGUCCCAAAGCUAUUGUCAAUUUGAUUAGUAAUCCUGUUAAUUCCACUGUGCCGAUCGCCGCAGAAGUUUUCAAGAAAGCUGGCACCUUUGAUCCAAAGCGACUUCUGGGAGUCACAAUGCUUGAUGUUGUCAGAGCAAAUACUUUUGUGGCUGAAGUGUUGGGUCUUGAUCCACGGGAGGUUGAUGUUCCAGUUGUCGGGGGACAUGCAGGGGUUACUAUAUUACCUCUUCUAUCUCAGGUUACACCUCCAUGCUCUUUCACCCAAAAAGAAAUAGAUUAUCUGACAGAUCGCAUCCAGAAUGGUGGUACAGAGGUCGUUGAGGCAAAGGCUGGUACUGGAUCUGCAACAUUAUCAAUGGCAUAUGCUGCGGUUAAAUUUGCUGAUGCAUGUCUCCGAGGCUUAAGAGGAGAUGCUAGCGUUGUUGAAUGUGCAUUCGUGGCCUCUCAUGUGACAGAAUUACCCUUCUUUGCAUCCAAGGUAAAACUUGGUCGGUUCGGAGUUGAGGAAGUAUACCCUCUUGGCCCACUAAAUGAGUUUGAGAGGAUUGGCUUGGAGAAGGCAAAGAAAGAACUAGCAGCUAGCAUUCAGAAGGGGGUUUCCUUUGUCAGGAAAUGACUAGGUGAGAUACACUAUGGUUACACAUUCUACUGAUAACUGAAGUUUCUAGGAAUAAGGAGUAAAGCUCUGUCUUGUUUUACCAAAACCCUUUGCCAUGGGUUCCUAGAUGUGAGCCAAUGUGGCAAAUGGGGGCAUGGUUAAAAUUCAUGUAAUAAAUAGAUAAAUGGUUUGUAAAUUAGGAAACACCUAUUUCAUUUUUAAUUCUGUAUCUAUCAAAAGCUAAACCAAACCCAACUCUCCUUUAUCCUGCACAGUGGAAUAUUUGAGGCUUGAGCCUCUCCCGAAA